AAAAGCAUAUAAAUAUGAAAUUCAUUAUGCAGAUAUUUUAUAAAAGCCCUUUGAAGGUGCAUAUUCAUGUGAAAGUCCCAAGAAUAGCAUAUCCUGAAGACAACAUAUCUCAUUUGAGUGAGCUGGUGUUGUGCUGCAAGAAAUCAGCUGCUACAGUAUAUCUCUGCCAGGCUUAAGUGUGCACCGUCGCAACUCUGAAUCACUUACGACGGUGCAGUUGAAAAGCUUCGAAUUGCUUGGUGAGGAAAUGUAGAGGGCUGAGGUUGCAACGUGAGAACGAUGGAUGAGCAAGAUUUUUCGCGUGCCUGGUAGACUUCGUCUUUUCUUCUGAGUCAGCCGGGCUCAGCCCUCAAGUAGCCGUACUUAGCUGCGAGAAACAACCAUCAAACAAAGCCUAAUGGCUUCAAGUCGGUCGCGAUCUCGCUCGCGGUCAACGAGCGUUACAGAAGUCGUCAAUCCGGCACCAAAGGCUGAGCGUGUUCGUUCGCCGAGUGGUUCCAAAAGUCCCCGUCGGAAGUCCAGCAAAUCUCGUAGUCAAAGACGUCGUCGAUCGAAAAGUCGCGAGCGUAGUCGUGACAGACGUCGUCCGCAUAAUUAUCGUCGACAUGGAGAUUCGCGUGACCGACAUUCUUCGUCUAGAAAUCGCGAAAUCAAUGCGCGAAGCUCGCACGAUGAUGCGAAACGGCGGAAACGAUCGCCUUCAUCCAGUUCGUCAGAUUUGGAAAUCAUUAAUGAAGGAGUUGAAAAUUACUCGUCGCGCAAGCGUUCUAGGAAAAUGAACGAAGUCGAGCGUCUAGCCGAGCUUGAGCGUCAAAGGCGUCAGCGGGAGCAAGAACAGCGAUUAAUAGAGGAAGAAACUCAAAAGCGAAUCCAGGAGACGGUUGAACGUCGAGUAAUGGAAGAACUCGAGAAGCGUAGGGAGGAAAUUGAAGCCGAAGUGCUUCGGAGAGUUGAGGAGGCGAAGCGAAUCAUGGAAAAGGAACUUCUAGAAGAAAUGGAAAAACGAAAGCAAGAGCAAUUGGAGCAGAUGCGGUUGAAAGAGGAGGAAGAAGCUAAAAAGCAUGAAAAAUUGCAAAAGAUAAUGGAGGAAAAUAACCGCAAAAUUGAAGAAGCGCAGCGAAAAUUGGCGGAGGAGCGACUGGCUAUGGUUGAAGAGCAGCGAAAGAUUGACGAAGAGCGUUUGAAGAUGCAGAAAGAGCAGGAAAAGCGAAUCAGGGAGGAGCAGAAGCACAUUCUGGGGAAAAAUAAUGCCCGACCAAAGGUCUCCUUCGGACUCCGGCCCAAAAUCUGA